AGUUCUACGGCCGAUCGAAAAAAAAUAAAAAUCGUUGUAACUGAGACGACUUCCACACAUGAUACAAAACUGCCGAUUAAUGCUUCCGUCAGAUUCCUGCAAAGUCUAUCCAUGGAUGUACAAAAUUGCAUAAAUAAGGGAUAUCUCUGGAAGAAAAAGAGAAGAUAAGGAAUAGUGGAGAAAUGGGGCAAGAAGAUGGGUGGACAAAGGGCAUGGGAGGUUCACUUCCUGUUGAGAGUGUGCAGGCGCUUGCUUCCAAGAAUCUCAAGGACAUACCACACAGAUACAUCAGGCCUGAACUCGAAUUCGACGACGUUUCAGUGGAUGAAGCCCUCCAAAUUCCAGUCAUCGAUAUGAGCAAGCUGGUGGGAAAUCACUCAGACCAUGGUGAUGAGCUGGCUGAGCUUCAUCAGGCCUGUGAAAACUGGGGAUUUUUUCAGCUGAUAAAUCAUGGGGUUCCGGAAGAAGUGAUGGAGAAUAUGAAGAUGGAGACAGAAGAGUUCUUUAAGCUGCCAUUGGAGGAGAAGAUGGCCUGUGCUCAGCUGGCCGAUAGUAUAGAAGGAUAUGGGCAAGCCUUUGUUGUUUCUGAAGAACAAAAGCUUGAUUGGGGUGACAUGCUUUUCCUUCUUUCCAAGCCUAACUCCAUAAGAAAAAUGAGAUUUUGGCCAACUAUUCCCACUUCUUUUAGAGAAACCUUUGACAAGUACUCAACAGAGGUGCAAAGAGUUGCAGAAUGCUUGGUGAGGUUGAUGGGCAGGAACUUGGAGAUAGAGCCAAAGAAGCUUGGAAGCAUGUUUGAAGAUGGGAUACAAUCUAUAAGAUUGAAUUAUUAUCCACCCUGUGUGGAGGCAAACAAGGUCACAGGUCUAAACACCCACUCUGAUUCAACUGGGUUGACAUUGUUAAUUCAAGCAAAUGAAGUUCAAGGGUUGCAAAUCAAGAAAAAUGGUAAAUGGGUACCCAUCAAGCCUAUCCCUGGUGCCUUUAUUGUCAAUAUUGGUGACAUCAUUGAGAUAAUGAGUAAUGGGAAAUACAAGAGCAUAGAGCACAGAGCAGUUGUGAACCCAGAAAAAGAAAGGCUUUCAAUUGCAGCAUUUCAUGGUCCAAAUAUGAAGAGCAUUAUAGCACCUCUUGAAGAUCUUGUUAAGAAGGAGACACCAAAUUACAAGUCCUUAACACAUGAAGAAUUUGUGAAGCUUGUUGUCCGCAGCAAAAUUGAUGGUAAAAGCAUAGUGGGUCGCAUGAAACUGGAGCACUGAAUAAAGCUUUUGCCCAAUUUGGGAGAAUGAUUUUUCAGCCAUAUGACUACCUAUAAAGGAAAUUAUAAAGAAAUGUAUUUUAUUAUAAUUGAAUGUAGCUCAGUAUAUCAAUGAGCUAAAUUACACAGCUUUAAAUAAGUAGAAAAACAACCAUAGUAGCAAAUAAACAGGAGAAAAUAACUGAACUAACUUAGACAAUCAAACUCAUCACUCGCGGAAUCAUAACCACUUAGACACAUUCAAAGUAAAACAUAUUUACAAAAAUACACCUUAUCACUCCAAUGCUCUAGCACACGGCAAUCACCUUAUUACUCCAGAGGGAUGAACACAUCCUUAUAACUCCUUAAGCUAUUAUCCCCCCUCAAACUUUGUCGGGGCUGAAGACAAAGUUUGUGUCGAAAUUGAGCCAGGCGAGCUUUAGUCAUUGACUUAGUAAAUAUGUCAGCCAGUUGGAAAGUGGACGGAAUGUGCUUAGUGAUUAAGACCCCUUGAGCAACUCGUUCUCUCACAUAAUGAUAGUCCAAAGCUAUGUGUUUGCUACGGGCAUGAAGAACCGGAUUAACAGUCAAAUAUAAAGCACUUAAGUUAUCACCAUAAAGUAUAGGUGGAUUACGUUGAGGAACUCGUAAAUCAUCCAACAGAUAUCCUAACCAAGUUAGCUCUGCGGCGGCAUGAGCCAUAGCUCGAUACUCUGCCUCGGUGCUGGAACGGGCAACAGUAGUCUAUUUCUUGGCACACCAAGAAACAAUAUUAGACCCUAGAAAAGUGCAGUAACCAGUUGUGGAACGUCUUGUCAUCUGACAGCCGGCCCAGUCUGCAUCAGAAAAAGCAGAAAGAGCAAGUGACGUAUCUGUUGUAAGAGAAAGACCUAAGUCAAGAGUGCCUUUUAAAUAACGUAAAAUACGGCGAACAUAUUUGAGGUGGGACAUGUGAGGAGAGUGCAUAAAUUGGGAAACAUAAUUAACACUAAAAGAAAGGUCUGGACGGGUAAGCGUGAGAUACUGCAAUGACCCUACAAGCACACGAAAAUAACUUGGAUUAUCAACAGGUGUGUCAACGGAUGUAGACACCGAUUUUUGGACCAAUGGCGUGGGCAUAGGCUGGCAUUCUAGCAUUUGAGCACGCUCCAAAAUGGAAUAGGCAUAAUGAGUCUGGGAUAAAUGAAGUCCAGUGGUUGUGGAUUGAACCUGAAUGCCCAAGAAGUGAUGUAAAGGACCAAGAUCUUUCAUAGAAAAUUCUGAAUUUAAAACCUGCAAAAAUGACUGAACAA